GCAACAAAGCACUGGGUACGAUUUUCAGUCUGCAGCUGGUCGUAAAUUCAGCGCAAAGUCUGCUGGCUUACGCUGGAAUGUCCGUCCUUUACAAGGUCCAGGUGGUAGGUGCCUUGAAGGUUUUGCCGCAACUUCGGCAUCGCACCGUGCCGACAACCAGUACAAUAUCGACAAUAUUUGGGGACUCUUACUUUCUGCUAGAUCCCCCUGUAACCCUCGUGCUCUUCGCCCUCUCGUCCUUCCUCGUGCUCUGCUCCAGCAUGGUCAUGUACUUCUACGCUCACGGCAGGUUCACGGCGUUCUUGAACCAGGAACGCGAGCGCCGCGUGAUCCUGUCGAAGGACGGCCGCGAGGGCAACGGCUGGGUCUACCUGCCGCAUUGCGCCGCGUUCGUCGUCUUCCUGGCGAUCCUGAUCUGCGGCGCGCCGCUGCUCUACGACUACACGGUGGUGUACCGCGGCAGCCUCGACGGCGCCAUCCUCGCCUGCAUCGUCGGCAUGAUCCUGCACCUGCUCCUCUGGCUGCUCCUCUGGAUAUUCCUCAGCAUCAAGCAACGCUGGACGUUCAAGCUGCGCGUCACCAUCGGCCGCGCGACCGUGCGGUCUGCGAGGUCGGUCAAGCUCGUGACCGACGUCGACCUGCUAUCGGCGAGGGAUGACGACGACGGCACCAACGCGCCCCUGCUCGUCGUCGGUAACGGCCGGACUUACACCAUCGCCGACACCUCGCCGAAGAGGGCCAUCAUGAGCGUGAUACAGAAGGCCGCGAUGGAGAGGAAGGCCCGAUCGCAAGGCGGAAACGUCGACGGGGUCGACGGCGAAUCGACGGCCGACGGUGACGAGCAGAUCUACUGGCUUAGGCCGAAAUUACGUCCCUCGCCUGCGCAGUCCCCGAGCGACGCCGGCGGUGCACCGACGUCCGACAAGGGUUGGCUGAACAAGAAGCUCAAGCAUAAGGUCACCUUUAACGACCUGCCUAGUACGUCAGGCUCGCGUAAUAAGGGAAAAGCCAGACGAGGCGUCGCUGACGGCGGGCCUGACGAUGACGGAGAUUACGCCACGCUACGCGAAUUACCGUUAAUCACGUCGCUGGACCCCGCCGACGAUUCUACCUCUGAAGAAAACAAGUGGCAAAGAUGGCCGGUAAAUCGUAGGGACGGUAUACCUAAGUUCAGGAAUGUAAGAUAUGCACAAAAUUAUUUCUGUACCUUCACCUAACAUCAAUUAACUACGUGUGCCUCUUUCCAUUGACUAAUGUUGUAACAUAAAUAUAAUUAUAUAUGUGGAACUUAUUAGGAUAAAUGAGCAAUAAGCGCAUGACUUUAAUAUUUUUAUUUAAUAACUGUAAUAUUAUUAAUUAUUAUAGAAUAAUGCGUAUGUGAUAACUCUAUGAAGUAGCUUAUAUGAGUGAUAGACAUGUAACAAAAGUAUUCGAAUCUGAAAUAAAUAAGAGAGGGAGAUAA